GAAAAAAAUAUCUUUGAAACUAAAAAGAAAAGAAAAUAAAAUAAAAAUCCAAAUGAUCUCUCUUGCCUUCUUUAUCUAAAUCGUACCUAACUCUGUUUUCAGUUUCACCUAUCUCUCGACGCGAGCUUCUUCUUCUUCUAGGGCUUCCACGCGACUACGCCUGCCAAAAUCAUUCUACAGGAAGCAUGAAGCCAGUCUUCUGUGGGAACUUUGAGUAUGAUGCGCGCGAAGGUGACCUGGAACGACUAUUCAGGAAAUACGGCAAGGUUGAGAGGGUUGAUAUGAAAGCUGGUGAGCCUUUUUUUUCUUUCUUUCUUUCUUCUGCCUCUUACUACUCUGUCUUUGUGGUUAACCUGAAUGAAUUAUAAUAAGCAGUAUUGUUAUCCACUAAGUACAAUGAAAAAGCGAAAUUCAAAUGCAUUUCAUGAAAUCCACUCUCGUCUUCAUUCCAUCCACGAGAAGGCUCUGGUGGACUAUCUCCCUUUGGAAGGAGUACUAAACAUUGACCACAUUCACCUGGCCACCUGAUGCAGCCUGCUUGAACUUUGGAAAGUACUUCAGAGGAAUAAGAUUUUUAGAAAAAAAAUUAGUGUAAAACCGCAUUUUCUUUGACGCAGGAUGUGUUUGAUAAUCUUGGGACGCCUAUACUCACACCUGGCCAUGAAUGGACCAUAGGGAAAUCCAUCUCUUAUCCCUCAAAAUCAGUCACUUUCCAUCCGCAUUAGCACUGCCAUCUUAAUUGCAUUUCAUUCCUCAUCACUUUGCACACUUGGACAUGCCUCUGCAAUGGAGAAGGCUCUCUAUUUUCAUUCAUAUCCCCGUCUGACUUCCACAUUUUCAGUUGUUCCUUGACAUAUUAAUUCCAUAAUGCAAGGUCUGUAACUGCUUCACUGGUCAUUUGGAGUUUUUUUAAGGUUCUAGGAAUGUUCAAAAUUUAAUAUGUUCUAGGAGUUAAGUUAGGCGUUGAAGGAGGGAGGACAGUGUUCGUGUAUGUUGAAGGUUCUUAAUCUGGUCCACUUCCUCACUGUUAAUGUACUCAGAUCUUUGCUUUUGGCUUUUUCUUUUUUCUCCAGGGUUUGCUUUUGUAUACAUGGAAGAUGAAAGGGAUGCGGAAGAUGCCAUCCGAGCACUUGACCGCUUUGAAUUUGGGCGUAAGGGACGCAGACUUCGUGUUGAAUGGACAAAGAGUGAACGUGGAGGUGAUAAAAGAUCUGGUGGUGGUUCAAGGAGAUCCUCAUCCAGCAUGAGACCUUCCAAGACUCUCUUUGUGAUUAACUUUGAUGCGGAUAAUACUAGGACCCGGGAUCUAGAGAAACACUUUGAGCCGUAUGGAAAGAUCGUAAACGUUAGGAUCAGGAGGAAUUUUGCAUUUAUCCAGUACGAGGCACAAGAGGAUGCCACCAGAGCAUUGGAUGCUUCAAAUAACAGUAAGCUGAUGGAUAAGGUGAUCUCGGUGGAGUAUGCUGUGAAGGAUGAUGAUGCUAGAGGAAAUGGACACAGUCCUGAAAGACGCCGUGAUAGGUCACCUGAAAGGAGAAGGCGAUCACCUAGUCCUUACAAAAGAGAAAGAGGAAGCCCUGAUUAUGGCCGAGGAGCUAGUCCUGUUGCUGCCUACAGAAAGGAAAGGACCAGUCCUGACUAUGGUCGAAGACGUAGCCCAAGUCCUUACAAGAAAUCAAGACGUGGCAGUCCCGAGUAUGGUCGUGACCGCAGAGGCAAUGAUAGCCCUCGCAGGAGGGAGAGAGUCGCAAGCCCUACUAAGUACAGCCGCAGUCCCAACAACAAGAGAGAGAGGAUGAGCCCUAAUCACAGCCCGUUCAAGAAGGAGAGUCCGAGAAAUGGGGUUGGUGAAGUUGAAAGUCCCAUUGAAAGGAGAGAGAGAUCGAGGUCUAGCCCCGAGAAUGGCCAAGUUGAAAGCCCUGGGUCAAUAGGAAGAAGAGACAGUGAUGGUGGGUAUGAUGGUGCAGAGAGCCCAAUGCAGAAGAGCCGGUCUCCUCGUUCGCCACCAGCUGACGAGUGA